AUGCUUAAAACUACCAUCGUCCAAGUGAGCAAAACUGAUGUCAUCUCCUGUCCAGCAAAGUAGAACAGCCUACAUUCCUCAAUCACAUCCUCUGUCGUCAUCAUAAAUCUCUCAGCAUUUUUCUUUUCUUCGCAUUGAUUUUGAUUGGAUUCCAGGAGUAAACCCAGCAAGUCGUCGUUGUUGCUGGCGGUCCCCAGUUGCAUGUCCUUUUCUCUUUUUUUUUAACCAACUCCCUGAGCAGCCCCCUCACCUCUCUGUCAAUUUCCUUCAUUCUUCUAUUCCUCUUUGUGGGAAGAAAUCUGCAAUUUGCCCAUCUUGGAAACAUUAUGAAGGUGGGAAUAUAUUUUUUCUUUAAUUAAAGCCAUGAAUUUUUUGUUUAAAGCGUGAUUUUAAAUGUAUUUAUAAUAUCUUUUAUUCUCUAUCAUUUAAAUAUAUAUAUAUAUAUAUAUAUUGAUGAAUGGCCCUGUCUGCUCCAAAAAACACAGGCCACGUAUAUAGAGAAAGAACUUCUCCCCUGGCCUGUUUUUUAUUUUUUUGGGAGAAGCCUUUCACAAAUGGCGUAUAACAUUAGUAUUUAUACCUAUGCUAUUUUCUGAAAAAUUGAUGAAUCCUAAACUUAAGGUGUCAUAGGGCUUAAAUAGGAUUCAAUCAGCACAUUUAUAAGCCUAACUUCUUGUUGAUUUGAGUAAACCGUGGUAAGCUAGGGUCGUAUCCUUGGGGAUUGGGUCUUAUAAUAGGGCCAAUCAUUAAUCUAAGGUGACGAAUGGGGGUGAGGUGAUCAGAAAUGAGGAUUCAAGAUAGGGGAUAGGAGAGUAUCUAGAUCUAAGGAUAGAAAAUUGAGAAAACUUGGGUGAUCAUUCACAUGAACAAAUUAGAAUUGGGAUCUAUGAUGGGCUUUAAUCUUUACACCUAUCUAAUGAUGGAGUCAAGAGAGGAUCAUUCACAAGAGGAUUGAACACUCACCUUAG